CACGGGAGAGUCCUGCACCUCCUACAACCCGGCAUGGGGGUCGUGGGGACAGUUCUCGGGGAGCAGUACGGCUCUUCGCCUUUAACGUGCGGACGGGCGGGGCCGCCGCGUGACGGCGGAGAGGCGGGAGCGGGCGGAGGGAGGCUCGGAGCCGCUCUCGGUGCGGCGCGGGGCUCCCGCUGCGGGGCGCUGAGCCGGGCUGAGCCGGCACCCCGGGGCGCUCGGCAGGGGAGAUCUCCCCCCCGCGCUCUCCCUGCUGCUGCCCGGUGUCCCCGGUGGCCCCCGCACCAUGCCCGAGCAGCUCAGCGUGGCCGAAUUCUUGGCCGUGACCAGCGAGGAUCUCAGUUCCCCGGCCGCCGCCUUCGCCUCCAAGAUGCAAAAGUGCCGGGGGGCCGUGGGAACUCUGGAGGAGCCCACGUGGAGAAUGAGGAGCAAUACAGCGAGGCCCUGGAGAACUUCGGCAACAACCACCUCUCCCAGAACAACCACGAGCUUUCCACCGGCUUCCUAAACCUGGCCGUCUUCACCCGUGAGGUCACUGCACUCUUCAAGAACCUGGUGCAGAACCUGAAUAACAUUGUGUCCUUCCCCCUGGACAGCCUGUUGAAGGGGCAGCUGAAGGACGGCCGCCUGGACUCCAAGAAGCAGAUUGAAAAGGCCUGGAAGGAUUAUGAGACCAAAGUGGGGAAGAUGGAGAAGGAGAAGGAGCGAGCCCGCUUGGCUGGGGUUAUCCAGGCUGAGCCGGCAGCGCUGGAGGUGGCCGAGGACAUGCAGAAGGAGCGGCGUCUCUUCCAGCUCCACAUGUGCGAGUACCUGCUAAAAGCCAGUGAGUCUCAGAUGAAGCAGGGACCAGAUUUCCUGCAAAGCCUCAUCAAGUUUUUCCACGCUCAGCACAACUUCUUCCAAGAUGGCUGGAAGGCUGCCCAGAACCUCUACCCCUUCAUUGAGAAGCUUGCUGUGUCCCUCCAUGUGCUCCACCAAGCACAGGAGGAGGAGGUGAAGCAGCUCACACAGACCCGUGAUUCCCUCCGCAGCAUCCUGCAGCUGGAGAACAAGGAGGAAAACUUGAGCAGGAAGAACUCUGGCAGUGGCUACAGCAUCCACCAGCACCGAGGGAACAAGCAGUAUGGGACAGAGAAGUCUGGAUUCUUGUACAAGAAGAGCGAUGGGAUCCGCAAAGUGUGGCAGAAGAGGAAAUGUGGUGUGAAGUAUGGCUGCCUGACCAUCUCCCACAGCACGAUAAACCGUCCCCCUGUGAAACUGAACCUCCUCACCUGCCAGGUGCGGCCUCAGGCUGAGGAGAAGAAAUGCUUUGACCUGGUGACACACAACAGGACAUACCACUUCCAAGCUGAGGAUGAGCAGGAGUGUGUUGUGUGGGUCUCGGUGCUGCAGAACAGCAAGGACGAAGCCCUGAGCAAUGCCUUCAAGGGAGACGGGGAUAGCGGCGGGGCGGCAGCAGGCAUAGGAAUGGAUGGCGGCGUGCAGGAGCUCACCAGGCUGGUCAUCAGCGAGGUGAAGAACAUGCCAGGAAACAAGCAGUGUUGUGACUGUGGUGCCUCAGACCCUACCUGGCUUUCCAGCAACCUGGGCAUCCUGACGUGCAUUGAGUGCUCUGGUAUCCAUCGAGAGCUGGGUGUGCAUUAUUCCCGCAUCCAGUCCCUCACUCUGGAUGUUCUCAGCACCUCCGAGCUGCUGCUGGCCGUUAGCAUCGGAAACACCCGCUUCAAUGAGAUCAUGGAGGCCACGCUGCCCGCACAGGACUGUCCCAAGCCCUCGGCCAACAGUGAUAUGGCUGCCCGCAAGGAAUACAUUGUGGCCAAGUACAUGGAGCGACGCUUCGUGCAGAAAAGUGGCCGGGAUGACCCCCACCGCCUCUGGGAAGCCAUUCGAGCCCGUGACCUCCUGGGCCUGCUUCGGGCCUUUGCCGAGGGGCAUGACCUAGCCAGGCCCCUGGCCAGCCCUGAGGGUCAGUCUUGGGAGAUGAAGCAUGCUUGGGUUCAGCUCUCCUUUCCCUUCCAUCUUGGGGACGAUGAGCGUCUGUGUGUCCAGCACUUGUUUUCCCUCCAUUCAGGGGGGAAGAUGAGUAUUCUUGGAUUCAGUACUCCUUUUCCCUUCAUCCUGAGGAAGCUGAGCAUUCUCAGGGUCAUCUCUCCCUCCCAUCCCUUGGCAGGAUGCAGGGGAAUGCUGGACCAGGUGACACUGGAUGGGAACACGGCCUUGCACUAUGGUGCGCUCUACAACCAGCCCAACUGCCUCAAGCUGCUGCUAAAGGGCAAAGCCGCUUUCACCACAGUGAAUGCUGCAGGCGAGACGGCUCUGGAUGUGGCGAGGAGGCUGAAGCACAGCGAGUGUGAGGAGCUGCUGGAGCAGGUGCAGGCAGGGAAGCUCUCACUGGAAAUCCAUGUGGACUAUGACUGGGAGCCUCCAUCAGAGUUCCCCUAUGACAGUGAGGAUGAGCUGGAGGAGAAGGUGAGUCCCCUUCAGCACUCCUUCAAGGGUAUGUCACCGCUGGCCACCAGCCCCCUGUCUGCCUGCCCCCAGACCCGCUGGAGCUGCAUGGGUAUGGACAUCACCAACAAGACCUAUGAGAGCAUCCUGGUGCCCUCGCGCCCUGCACCCCGCCGGGCCCACAGCGAGGAGAUCCCCCCCCCACUGCCCCUCAAAAACCCUACACGAGGCAGCUCCCGCCCCAAACAUGGCCACAGCCCCACAGAGCGCCCUGAACUGCCCCGGCAGGCAUCGGAGCCCCACUUCUCUGGGCCAGUGGAGGCACUGGCACCGCGCAGUCUGUCUUGUGCCAGCAGCACAGGAGCCCUGGAUGGCACCCUCAGCAGCCGCAGCCCCACCGAGAGCCAGCGGGCAGUGUACUGGGAGACACGCWCUGAGACGGACGCCAGCAGCAGCCGGCGGGGGCCAGAGCUGAGUGCCCCUUCUGGGCAGUCCCUGCCAGGCAGCACGGCCCUCGACAUUCCCCCUGUCAAGUUCGGCUCAGAGAGCACUCGCUCGUACCGGCGCAUCAGCGGCGUGGUGGGCAAAGUGGGGUCGSCUGGGUGCCCCCAGAGCUCUGGUGGCCCUGAGGACCCCGCUCUCAGCAAGAUGCUGCCUGUGCCCAUGCCCAGGAGAUUUGCUCCGGCCAAGGGGAGGCAGAAACGGGUGAAGGCAGUGGCAGACUGCAAGGGGGACAAGGCACGAGAGCUGACCUUCUCCAAGGGGGAGGUCAUUGUGGUGACACGGGAGGAGGAUGAGCAGAGCUGGGUUGGCUUCAUCGAGGGUGACGGCUCCCGCACUGGAGUCUUCCCCGCCAGCUUCGUCCACCUCUUGCAAGAUUGACCAGCGGGAGGUAGCCCAUUUGUUACUSUCCCCUUGUCUGGGACUAGAGGCUACUCCCUGCUGGGGACUUGGUAGAGCCAGACCACAAGGGACAUGUGCCAGGACCCAUGCAUGCUCCCAUUGCUCUCCCAGGGGGGCCCAGGGAUUCCCCGCAUGGGGAAAACCAUCCGUCAAUGGCAGCAGUGGGGAGCUGAGGGGCAGAGAAUGGACGUGCUCACUGCAUUGGUGGGCUGAGGUUUCUGUGCCAGCUCCUGCUCCCACUGCUCUUCCGUCCUUCCUGUGGGCUCUGCCCACCCCUAAGGUUUUCUUCUUCCUUCUGUGUAAGGAACUGGGAAUGCAGGAGCUGUAUUUGGUGUCCCUCACCCUCUGCCAGGUAGUCAUGAAGCCAGCUCCCCAUCCUGAGGGAAGCUGUAACCCUGAGCUUCCUUCUGUACCCCAACUGUGAAGCCUUUGGUAUGGGCAAGAAAUAGGAGAGGGUUUUUUUUGUGUCAUCCCCCACCCCAGGCUCUGGGAGCUGCCUCGGCUGGUGUGGCUUGGGAUGCUCUAAAGCUUCCCCAAAUCUGGUAGCAAAAUGCCAGUCCGUGAUUUGGAGGGGGAGGAAGAAUGUUUCAGGUGGUACCACAGAGCCCCUGCCCCAUGUGCCUCAUCUGGCGUGGGUGCUGGAUCACUGCCCUGGCUCUGGAGGGCUCUCAGACAGGGUUUUGCAACUUUCUCUAGGAUCAGGACACCCCUAUGCCAGUCUCCCUUGUGAGCCACCUGCCUCCAUAUCCCCUCAAUUUACCCUUUUCAUUUCUGUGUCAAAUGUUUCAUCUCAAAAAAAAAGUCUUUUUUAUUUAAUGUUUUCUGUCUCUGGUUUCUAAUAAACUGUCUCUUUUUUUAAGCAUC